CUCGGCGCGCCCGGCCCAGGGUGCCCUGCGCCGGGGAGGUGCCGGGCCGCGGCUCGCUGUGCGGCGGGGAAGGGGCAUUGCCCGGUGCUGCGCCACGCCGCCGCCUGACAGGGAAGUCGCUGGCCCGGAGCGGCGGCGCUCGGCCUGCAGUUUCCUCCUGAGGUGCUCGGUGCGGGUUCGAAGAUGUCUAAAAAGAAGCUGAAGAAAUUAAGUGGAAAGGAGGACAGUUUGGAUGGCCGGGAUGACAAAAACUCUGAAGACACAAGAUCUUAUAACCAUACUACGAAAGGAGAAACAGAAUUUCAGAGAUUCAAAAUAGAGAAAGGUAUGCAAGAGAAGAAAAAAGACCAAAGUCCCAAUAUUUCUUGUGGUGUUGAUAGAAGGUUCCAAGGAAAAUCUCCAAACAGAAGCAAAACCACAGACAGUUCUUCAAUCCAAACUGAGAAGCGAAAGAGAAUAGUUAUACAAUUUAAGCCUAAAGAGAUUAAACAUGGAAAAAGUACAAGCACCACUGAUGUGGUAACUACUAGUAGGGAAAGUCAUAGCAAAGGUCAUCAUUUUGAUGGAACAGAAGGAAAAAGGCUCUGCCAUAGCUUUGCAGUCCAGAAGGACAAGGUGAUGAAGAAAAAGAGAGAGAAAGCUGAAUUCUGCAAACUAAAAGUAAAAGCUGAACAAACCAUGUCAGAGAAGUUGAAGUCCGCUCCGUGCAAUUCACAUGUACCACGUAGAGUGUCAAAUGGAUCCAAAAAACGGAGUGAAGAUGUCAGAACUCAGAAAAAGACAUCUAUCACCUCUACAGAGACUGUAAAUGAUGAUAUAUCUUUCACUAAAAAAUCACGUAUGUUAUCUAGGACUUGUGAUGAAGAGGAUGAAGAAGGAUAUACGGAGUUUUCUAAGAAAAAUCAACAUUCUACCAAACAUAGGCCAUCUUACUAUUCAGCUGAAACACCUAAACGAUGGGACUGUCAUGAACAGAAAAAACAGGACAUUGAUUCCGAUAACGCUGUUAGUAAUGCAGGGACUGAAGGAGGGUGCUUCGAAGUUGCAGCUUUACGUUUUAAGCGGACUUUUGAGGUCCCAUGCACAUCUGACUCCUACCAAGGCAGUGAGAACAUAAAGUCUACCCAAAAGAACUUUGAAGUCUUUCCAUCCCAUCAAGGCAGUCAGAGCCCAGAAUCAGACCAAGAGAUGCAGAUAGUAGAAGACUUGCAUGUUGCUCGUCUUGAGAAAAGGAUGGCCCUGUCUGUCGUACAGACUUGUGGAGAGCUUACAAAUAUGGAAAUAGAUCUCCCAGAACAGGAUUUAAGUAUUUCUGCUGAGGCUUCUACUUCUGGUCUGAACAUACUAGUGGUGAUUGACACAAAUAUAAUGAUUAGUCACCUUGAGUUUGUCAGGUCCCUGAAAUCUGAAAAUAUACCAGGUGUUGGCAGACUUGCAUUGAUAAUUCCCUGGGUUGUUCUACAAGAACUAGACAACUUGAAGAAGGGGAAAAUGUUACAACACGUUCGGGACAAAGCUAUCCCUGCAGUCCAGUUCAUCUACAUGUGUCUUAAAAACCAAGAUUCAAAGCUGUGGGGGCAAUCCAUGCAGCUUGCCUCUCAAAAAAUAUAUGGCCUGAGUGACGAGAACAAUGAUGAUCGUGUUUUACAAUGUUGUCUGCAGUAUCAGAACCUCUUUCCUCAAGCUGUUGUCAUACUUUGCACGGAUGAUAAAAAUUUGUGCAAUAAAGCCAUUGUGAGUGAGGUAAAGGCAUUCUGCAAAGCAGACUUGGUUACUGCUCUACAGAAUCUGAACAUAAACAGGCACCAGAAUUGUGUUGACCUGCAACAGUCAAAAUGUGAUACAGAAUUCCUGAAAACAGAAGGAAGAGAUGCUAAUAUUACUGCUCAAUUCCCAAGUAUACUUCCAGACCUUGAAAAGAACUUAGGAGAAGCUUUAUCUUGUAUUUUGGAGACUGAAAUGAAAAUUGCGUUUGGAAACCUGUGGAUGGAGAUACUGUAUCUGAAGCCACCAUGGACAUUAGCAAGCUUGCUGCAGUGUUACAAAAAACACUGGGUGGCUGUUUUUGGUUAUGUUGUGCCAAGGAGUUUACUUGCAACCGUUGAAUAUCUCUAUAAACACCUCUGUAGAGCUCAAACAGUUGACUCAUCAGCAGCUGGUGUCUUGCUCCAGGAAUCCAAAAAACUGUUGCAUGCUUUCAGUUCAAGGUCAGACUAUAACGGUGUGCUUCCUCGGGCUUAUGCUGAAGUCAGUAAGCUCCAUCAAACGCUUACAGAGGUGAAAUCAGACACUGGACAGGAUUUAUCAGAAGACACCAUGGUUCUUUCAGAAAAUGCUGUAUGUGAAAAAAUGGAAGCCAUGACACCAAAUCUGCAAAACUGUGAAGAAAAAAAGUUGCAUUCAAGUACACAUGUGGCUCAAGAAAACAGACACCAGGAAAUCUGGUCAGUCUUGGAAGGUGUAUGGAAUACAAUAAACUUGUACAGUGUUGAAAUUUUCCAGAAGUUGGACCCCAACACAGUAACUGUGACUGCAAAGUCUUCGUUUGAAGAAGCUUUUUUAGGUCUGCAGAAACUGAUAGCAGCUGUGAAUGAUAUCCUUGAAGGAAUUCGUAGAAUUCUGACCCCAAACAGUACUUUCCAAGAUAUUUGGACCCUCUAUAACUUCCUCAUAAGCAAUGAGAUAAAUAACAGUAUAAAAUUUACUGCUGAGGAGCUUUAUGAGUGUGUUUCACAAGAAAUAUAUCGAGAAAGGCUAGCAGUUGGAUGCUGCCAGUUGGCUCAGCUGGAACAUACUAUUAAACAGUGCAAUGCAUCUGUCCACACGGAAGCAAAAAACAGGGGCUGGCUGUGACACUGCAGGCAAGGUUUGGAGCUGUGGUGCUACCUCCUUUGCUUUCUUUGUCCAAACUAAGUAUAACUCCUCUGGUGGGGGAAGAAAAACAUAUCCGAGGAGCCAAAAAAUCUGCCUUUUUUCUUGAUGGUGCUGUUUUAUAGUUGUUGAGUUAAAGGAAAAAAAAGAACUGGUUACACACAGAAAUCGUUAAAAGUCAGAAUUUCUGCUAAGAACUGCAACCUAGUAGAAUUUUCUAUCUUAAGACAGUCUCUGGCUGGAUACAGCAAAAGCUUGGUGUCCACUGAGAACGCUACUUUAAAACACUGGUUCUAAACUCCAAAAGUGUUAGUGUUACCUAUUUUUGAGAGGUUAGAGCUGUUGCUAAUGUUUGUAUUUGUUCUUGCAGAUAAAAUAGAUGAAGGGGAGUGGGAAAAGGUGAGGAAAAAAAAUGUAUUGUGAUACCUGGGGCUCUGAAAGGACUAAAAAUUGAAGCAGUUGACUGUUAGUAAGCAUCAUAGGUAUUUGACUUUAUGUUUUACAACCCCCUAUAGAAAUGAAGGAUUUAAGCAGAGGCACAAAAUAUCUAUCCUAUAGUCUGCAAAUACACAAGGCUUAAGAGAAGAUGUAGCAUGCAGAAGGAAAGGGGGGGUUUUUGUUUGUUGUUUGUUUUUUUUUAAUUCAUGUGGCUAUUUAUCCUGGACCUCUUUUUAGUGCUUCUGUCAACAUAUGUAGACUAUCUAAACUGACCUCUUCUGGUUAAAAAAUCUUAAGCCAGUGACAAUGGUGAAAUUGGUAUCAAUACUUGUAAUUAAGCAUGUCAGUUAUAAAUAAUAACUUUAAGUUUGGAGGAAAGUGAUGUUUUUUCCUUGAUUAAAAUAUCCACUUAAUCUUAGUAGCUCUCAUCUAGAAGGAAUUUGCUAAAAAAAACUCUUAGAAGAUUCCUCAUCCUUCUGUUUGGUUAUCUUCCUGUAAAGGCAAGGGUUUUUUUGUUUUUGUCUGCUGCAGGUUAUAAUCAAUGACUUGCCUUGUCACAGCUUUUCAGGUGACAGUUUUAUUUGAACACCUCAGCUGUUGCUUUCCAAAACUGAUUCAAGUCAGUAAAACUUUCUAAAAGCCAUUUUCAAUGCUGCUGUGGCCUUCAAAGCUACCUCUUUGAUGUAUGUAUUUGUAUAGAGAUAACUGGUACAGUUCUAGAUGUUUAUUUUAAUAUUAACUUUUGAAUGUAUUUGUAAAGUCUUGAUUGUAAAAAAAAAUUUAACUUAUUGUUAUAAUAAACAGUUGGUUGUAGA